GAGGCGUGAGACCUCCGGCCUUGGCAGAAGGAACGCGGCGGAACCGCUAUCCCGGAGGCGGCGCGCGUGACGCACUUCCGGUCUUUGUAGCUGGUCGCUAGGCGGGCGGCGCUUGGCCAGGACUCGGCGCCCGUCUGCGUCGGGCCGAGAGACUGGCCCUGUCCUCCUGCGGACGCCGGAUUUUGGGAUUUCCAGAAGAAAAAGAUCAAAGAGGAAGCCUCACAGAUAGAUUCUUUUUCUGAAUAGUUAAGCCUACAAUGGCCACAGCCUCGGUCCUUCAAGCUCCAGAGAUGCGGAAAGGACAUGCGGCAGUAAAGGUGGAAGAGGAAGAUGGGGACUGUGCCUCUGGGCAGGGACCUGGCCUCUGGAGAGAUCACCCUCACACCAGAGAGAUCUUUCGAAGACGCUUCAGGCACUUCUGCUACCAGGAGACCCCUGGACCCCGCGAGGCGCUGCGCCGGCUCCGCGAGCUGUGCCGCCAGUGGCUGAGCCCAGAAACACGCACCAAGGAGCAGAUCCUGGAGCUGCUGGUGCUGGAGCAGUUCCUGACCAUCCUGCCCGCCGAGCUCCAGGCCUGGGUGCGGGAGCAGCAGCCGGACAGCGGGGAGCAGGCGGUGACCGUGCUGGAGGAUCUGGAGAGGGAGCUGGACGAGCCGGGAGAGCAGGUGGAAGAGGGGAGACCGGAGCAGGUCCCAGCCUGUGCCUGCGAACGGGAAGCGUUGGUGACAGAGGAGGCAGGCCGGGGAGCAGCCCGGGCCUCGUCAAGCGGCCACCUCCCAACCUUGGAGGAGUUGGGUCAGUGCAGGGCGCGGGAGGCGUGCCUGCUUCGGGAGAUCGGUGAUGAGGCUGGGGCUUGGAGCGUGCAGCCAGCCCCGCAGAGGGAGCUCUCUAAGGAAAAGAAAUGUCUGGUGGAAGCUCCUGAGAAACCGAACGGUGACACCCUUCAGAUGCCUGAGUGUGCAGACACGUGUGAGCAGGAGGGCAGGUGCGAGAGGCCGCGGGCUGGCUCCUCGGCGGAGAGACCCUACAUCUGCGCUGAGUGUGGGAAGAGCUUCACCCAGAACUCCAUCCUGACCGAGCACCAGCGGACGCACACCGGGGAGAAGCCGUACGGGUGUGACGAGUGCGGACGGGCCUUCAGCCAGCGCUCGGGCCUGUUCCAGCACCAGAGGCUCCACACGGGGGAGAAGCGCUACCGCUGCGGCGAGUGCGGCAAGGCCUUCAGCCAGAACGCGGGGCUCUUCCACCACCUGCGGGUCCACACCGGGGAGAGGCCCUUCCAGUGCGGCCAGUGUGCCAAGCGCUUCAGCCGGCGUUCUGUCCUCAUUAAGCAUCAGCGGAUUCACACUGGAGAAAGGCCUUAUGCAUGCGAAGCCUGCGGCAAGAACUUCAUCUAUCACUGCAACCUCGUCCAGCAUCGGAAGGUCCACCCUGGGGCGAGCGCCGCCAGCCCCCUGCAGCAGAGCGUCUGUACCUUCAAAUCAUUGGCUUGACCACAACGAUUCACUCUGAGAAAAUAACGCUUUUAGUUCGGAGUUGAUCUCUGUUAACAGUGAUGCCUUAUGACCAGCCUUAAGCCUCUCCUGCUGUUGUGGUGAUGUUUUGCCCAGGAAUGGAUUCAGUCCAGUCCUUUUGGGCUGCAGAAGAACACAAGGGAUGUCAAAUAGUUAAAGCAUCUAGCCUGCGCAGAAAUGGUGCUUCUGACAGGGGUUCUUCAGACAGAGCUUAAGGCAGUUCUGUUGGGAGGAUUCCCUUGGGCCUCAGGAGUCCAGCCCCAGGCAGACUCUCCACCGCCAGUGGCUUCGGCCCGAGACGCACAGCAAGGAACACAUCCUGGAGCUGCUGGUGCUGGAGCAGUUCCUGACCUUCUUGCCCACGGAGCUCCAGGCCCAGGUGUGAAAGCAGCACCCAGCAAAUAGGGAGGAGGCUGUUACUGGACUGGGGGCUUGUCGAGGAAGCUGGAUCAUCCAGGAGGAAGAUGAUUUGGUCAAAAUGGAGAAUGAGAAGGUGUUUCCAAAGUAGAAGAAAUCUGAAGAAAUAACAUGCCAACAGGAACACACUGUUAGAUUUGAUGGCAAUAUUCCUCAGCACUUUGAUUAUGUAGAAGUCCAAAAAUACCAGAGAACCCUAGAAAUAUUUCUGUGAUGGCAUAAGUGAUGAAUGUGGAAUGAGUUUCACUCAGAGCUCCAUCCUUAUCCAGUAUUUGAUACACACUGAAGAGAAACGCUAUGAAUGUGAGAAGUGUGGAAAACCUUUUAGUCCAAGAGUGCUGGCUUCAUUGAAGAUAAGAGAAUUCACACUGAAUUAGACCCACAAAUACGGAGAAUAUGGGAAAGCGCUCGGUGCAGAUACUGGACUAGUUCAUCAUAGAGAAUCCAUAUUGGAGAGAGACCCUAUAAUAAAAGUGACAAGUGUGCUAAAGCCUUGGACAGUAGUCAGCUCUUAACCAGGACCAGAGACUUCACACCAGGGAGAACUGUUACCAUCUUAACAAGUGUGGGAAAGGUUACAGUGAGAACACAACUUUUUUACUGUAUCAGAGUCUGUGUUGGAGAGAAACUCUUAGUUUAAUUAACGUAGUUAGAAUUUUCCUGAGUAUUUCAUUCCUUAUUAAAGAUCAGAAAACUCAAAGAAUGUGAGAAGUUAAUAAAUAUGGAUGGAAAAGUC